AUGCGAGCAUGUAUUGAUGACAACAGCUACAUCGGCCAAAAAAAUUCGUAUCGCCGAAUGAAAAUCGACAAGGAGAAUCUGGAGGAGCUUUUAAUGUCUUGUCAAGUCUUUCCUAAAUUCCAAAACUAUAUGAUAGGAUUCGGCUACAGAACACGCGAAUCUGAGAUAGGACCGCCAUCUAUUGCUUUCCGACCCCUGAGAAAUAAUAUUGAUAUAGAAGGAUUUGAGUGUGCAUACAUUCUACGCUAUAUUGAGCUCACAAACCGAACUAAAGCCAAUCCGUGGUCCCUACGUCAGUAUGCUGUGUACCACAAUUACUUACGAUCUCCGGAACGACCUUGUUCAGCAUGGAUAUUACUCGGCCUCUGGGAAAGAGCGCGUACCGUUCUCGAAAAUCAUGCAGAGGAUGGGCACGAUCUGAAAAGUGAACACCCCUUCGAAGUGCAUUUGCUCUUCGUAGAUGUCGCGAUAUCUUCGUGGAGACCAUAUCUUGUUUAUAUUCAUGAUCAGGUCAUGGAUUUGUCAUAUUGUGCCGCCGGUACAACACCCAACCCUCACCCCGACAACUUUGUGACUGUCGAAGCCGACGAUUAUCAGAAGCUCAAGAGAUUGGAGGAUCAUGUCACAGAUGUUUUGAUUUGUCUAGACUCCACCACUGACACACUCUCCACUUUUUCAACUAUGAUUCAUCAAAUAUUACGGUCCCCAAAGAUUGACGUGGACAUUGUUGCUGUGCUCAUUGGUGAAAAGCUGAAGGAGACGAACUACCUACGCCAACGUGCAGAGAGUAUUCUUUUAAAAAUCAGGAACACUCGAUCUGUCAUCUCAUCGCUGUUGGAGCAUCGGACUGGACAUGAUCUCAACAGACAGAUGGAGGCCUUGCAAAGUAUUGAAAAGGAGGCAAAGAACGAAAACGCAAUCAUGAGAGAGUUGGCAGAGAAAGCGAGUCGCGAUUCGUCUAGUGUGCGCAUUCUCACCAUGAUCACACUCAUUUACCUGCCUUUCACCGUCGUCUCACUUCUAUUCAACGCAAUUCGUGCAUCAGGAUGCAAACGACGGAAAUGUGCAAUAUGCGCAGGACUGCUGGAUUUUCUUUGCUGUUUCCCUUCCAUUGACGUUCUUUACAAUUACUGUUUGGUAUAUCUGGGCGCACUAUAG